ACGAUUUAGUCAGGCAGACUCAGAACCCCUGUACUGAAUCGCGACUGUGCUUGAUCCACGAUAUAAAGAUCAUUACUUGGAUGUGGGGAAAAAGCUGCGCACACGAGAAAUGAUCCAGGCCGAGUUGGAUUUGGGAAAGCCGCUAGGUGAUGGAGACGGUCAGGUGAUGCACAGCGCAGGAGAUGAAAACAGCGCAGAGAGUAAACGCGCUCGUACUACAGAUGAGCCCCGCACAGUCUCGCUGUCUGACAUGUUCGAUGAGAUCCUCCAAGAGAAUAACCCAUUUGCAAGACAGAGGACAAGCUCAACCGCUCAACAGUUAGAUGGUUAUCUCUCAGAAGUCCCCAUCCCCAGGAGCAAUAACCCUCUCGAAUUUUGGAGGACCAAUCAAGGCCGCUUUCCCGACCUGGCGCAGAUGGCACGCAGGUACUUGUCUGCUCCAUGCACAAGCACCGACAGCGAGAGACUGUUUAGUGCUGCAUCUCAUGUCAUCAAUGAGAAGAGGAACCGACUUUCAUGUGAGAAAGCAGAGAAGCUACUUUUCAUAAAGAAGAACCUGCCACUUUUCCUGAAGAAGUAGGCUAAGUAGGCUUAUGUCUAGGACAGUUAUUUAUUUGUUGUGGGUUCAUCCACAUUUUUUGCACUAUUCAAUGCACAUUUGUUGUUGUAGACAUACAGAGUUACAUUCUUUCAGCAGUCAGUUAUAGGCCUAACAUAGGCUAUUCAAGAAGGGGGGCUUCAAAGAUGGCCAAAUAAAAAUAUAUUUUUUAUUUUACUAAUUUAUUUAUUUUAAGUUAUAUUGUGCUUUGUUUGUAUAAUAUCUGCUGGAAUG